UCUGCUCAACGACGAGGAGCAUCUUCCUGUUGAGCUCUGGUCUUCUCCAUCGGCUCUCAGGUGCGACUUCAUUGUUAAACCCCAAAGCUACAACCUUGCCAUGGCCGCUUGUAAUGAUCUAGAAGGUUGGAGUGCGGUUUCUCAGCUCCGAGGCUUUGACACUACGCCCUGUUUUGAGGAAGGAAUAUUGUUAUCUUCCUUAUACGCUAUCAUAUUUCUUGUAGGCGUCGUUAGAACUUUAUCAGCAUGUCUUUCACCACCGAUGAACCGAACGUCAAAAAGUCGAUGGUUAUUGCGAGGAAAAAUUUUUCUCCUGGUCUUAGCAUUUUUCACCAGCCUCGCAAACUUGACUAUAAUCUUGUUCCUCCAUAAAUCUGUUCCCCUCCUCCAAUCGUACAUCCUGGAGCCCAUUUCUAUCCUUGGCAUCAUAUUCCUGACAUACUACAACCACACUCGUGCAAGGAAUUCCUCCACCGCUCUUUUGAUUUACUGGCCCAUUUACACAAUUAUUGUGCUAAUAUGGGUCAGAACCACUGUAACCAAAGAUUUCCAUCUCUUUCGCCUCCCAGUCGCCCUCAAAUGCGCUGUAUGUGUCUUGGGUCUUUUGUCGUUUGCGCUCGAAUGUAUCGGGCCCGAAUUUGACCAAAAGUCCGACUUACACGAGAGCCCUAUACUAACGGCCAAUAUAUUUGGUAAUUGGGCGUUCUCCUGGAUGACACCACUUAUGCGCAAAGGAGCAUCGCAGUAUAUUUCCGAAGCAGAUCUUCCCAACGUGCAACCGCAAGAUGAAUGUGACAAACUUGGUCAGCGUUUGAAGGAUGCUCUUAAGAAGCAUUCUCUUUGGAAAUCUCUUUUCAUCGCUUAUGGAAAACCCUACGCAUUCGCUGCUCUACUCAAACUCUUAUCCGAUUGUCUUUCAUUCUCCCAACCCCAGCUCCUUAGGAUGCUACUCGCAUAUAUAUCGUUGUACCAAAGUGCAAGAUUCGGACCGUGGAGCGUCGAUGUUGCGAAGCCUGAUCCCUUAGAAGGAUUCAUGUAUGCUGGUCUGAUGUUCGUCGUAUCUACUAGUCAAACGGUGGUCCUCAACCAGUAUUUCCAACGCGCGUUUGAAGUUGGGAUGCGCAUCCGAUCCGGUCUGGUAGAUGUUUUAUAUCAAAAGGCAUUGGUUCUAUCAAACGACGAACUCGAUCGUUCUUCUGGUGAUCUGGUGAAUUUGAUGUCUGUCGACGCGACUCGACUCCAGGAUUUUUGUCAGUUCGGUUUGAUUUCGAUUUCUGGACCGUUCCAAAUUACCCUGGCGUUCGUAUCUCUGUAUAAUCUUCUUGGAUGGCCUGCUUUUGUUGGUGUUGCGAUUAUGGUGUUUUCUGUCCCACUUAACACUUUCAUCGCGCGUAUUUUGAAGCGUAUGCAGCAAGAGCAGAUGAAAAAUAGAGAUAAACGUACACGAUUGAUGAGCGAGCUACUGGCGAAUAUCAAGAGUAUCAAGCUAUACGGAUGGGAGUUUGCCUUCGUCAGAAAGAUUCUCCAGGUUCGGAACGAGCAAGAACUCGUCAUGCUAAAGAAAUUGGGUAUCGUGACUUCUCUUAAUCAAAUGUUAUGGGGUGGUAUCCCUCUCUUGGUCGCUUUCAGUUCGUUUGCGGUAGCAGCUACUGUAUCUUCCAAGCCUCUUACCUCGGAUGUCAUCUUCCCUUCAAUAUCUCUGUUCAUGCUUUUGCAAUUCCCACUUGCUAUGUUCAGUCAAGUUACCUCGAAUGUGAUCGAAUCCGUCGUUUCUAUUCAGCGUCUAUCAGACUAUUUGGGUGCAUCCGAGCUACAGCCUGAUGCUCGCAAAUUUAUCGAGAUGCUCCACGUCGAAAAUGGUCAAGAGGUUUUAUCCAUCAAAAAUGCCGACUUUUCUUGGUCGAAAACAGCAGCACAACCCACACUAGAGGCAAUUAAUCUCAGUGUCCGCAAAGGAGAGUUGCUCGGGGUGUUUGGCAAGGUCGGAUGUGGCAAAACUAGUCUACUUUGUGCUAUAAUUGGUGACAUGACUCGACGGGAAGGUGAAGUGACGGUCAAAGGAAGUAUCGCUUAUGCUCCUCAAAAUCCCUGGAUUCUUUCUGCCACCGUUCGUGAAAAUAUCCUGUUUUCGCAUGAAUACGACGAAACAUUCUAUAACAUGGUCGUCGAAGCUUGUGCUCUCACCCCCGAUUUUGCGCUAUUGCCUCAAGGAGAUGCUACAGAAGUGGGAGAGAAGGGAAUUACGCUGAGUGGUGGUCAGCGUGCACGCAUCGCACUUGCCAGAGCUGUAUACGCACGAGCGGAUCUAGUUCUUCUUGAUGAUUGCCUUGCCGCGGUUGAUAGCCAUGUCGCCCGUCAUAUCUUCACCCAAGUAAUUGGUCCCCAAGGUAUACUUGCAAGUAAAGCUCGUAUCUUGGUGACGAAUAGCAUCGCUUUUGUAAAACAAUUCGAUCAAUUGGUUUACCUGAGACGUGGAAUAAUCCUAGAAUCCGGAGAUUAUACCUCAUUGAUGUCGAAUGAAGGAGAAGUCUCACGGUUAAUUCGCAACCAUGGCUCUACGAGUAGUUCUGGUACUUCAACGCCUUAUCUUAUUGGAGACGCCAGCGGUAGUGUCACUCCUGUCGAAGAAAACAACUCUACCGUUACUGACGAAAAAUCCUCUGUCAUCCUCUCUGAGAAACUUCGACGCCAAACAAGCUUCUCCAAACCCAAACUUGCCGCUCUUCCCCCCACUCGCGACUCUGUCUCUGCAGGCUUAUCUCAGGAGCACAAAGAGCAAGGCCAAGUCAAGGUCACUGUAUACAUGAAAUACAUUCAAGCUGCUUCCAAAACUGCCUUUGGGCUAUUCAUGCUUGCGACAGUGGCAGGACAGGCAGUCUCAGUUUUGGGCAACUUCGCGUUAAGAGCGUGGGGCGAGCACAACAGAGAGACUGGUAGCAAUAAUGGAAUGUUCAAGUACAUACUCGCCUAUGGGUUGUUUUCUCUCGGUCAGGUUUUGUUGACGGCUGCUGCUGCGAUUCUGGUGUGGGUCUUCUGCUCGAUCCGAAGUGCAAAACAACUGCAUGACAAUAUGUUGGAUGGACUUAUCCGUGCACCCUUGAGCUUUUUCGAGCUUACACCUACCGGACGAAUUUUGAACCUAUUUUCUCGAGAUAUUUAUGUCGUCGAUGGGAUUCUCGCUCGUGUCAUAUCCAUGGCCUUCAGGAUGUUCGUCACUACCUUUUCUAUCGUUAUAGUAAUAGGAUCAAGCUUUCCGCUGUUCCUGUUGGCGGUCGUACCUUUGGGAUGGUUCUACCUAACAGUAAUGAAAUACUAUCUUGCUACUUCCCGUGAGCUCAAGCGACUUGACGCCGUCUCACGCUCUCCCAUCUUUGCCUGGUUUAGCGAGUCCCUUUCCGGGCUUAGCACAAUCCGUGCCUUCAACCAGCAGUCAAUCUUCAUCGCCAACAACCAGCGUCGUGUUGACCGCAAUCAAAUUUGCUAUAUCUCGAGUGUAAGCGUGAAUCGGUGGUUGUCGAUCAGAUUGGAGUUUGUAGGGGCUAUGAUUAUAUGGAUUGUGGCGACAUUAGCCUGUGUGGCGUUGGUCACGACAGGAGUAGAUGCUGGACUGGUGGGCUUGGUAUUGGCGUAUGCGCUAAACGCGACCUCGAGUUUGAACUGGCUGGUCAGAACUGCCAGUGAGGUCGAACAGAACAUAGUCAGCGUCGAGCGUAUUCUACAUCAAACUGAAGUUCAAUCAGAGGCUCCUCUCGAACAUGCGGACCAGACCGUGCCACAACCCUGGCCUACCUCAGGUUCAGUGGAGUUCAGACAAUACUCUACAAGAUAUAGACCGGAGUUGGAUCUGGUGUUAAAGAAAAUCAAUCUUACUAUUCAACCAAGUGAGAAGAUCGGGGUUGUUGGUCGCACUGGAGCAGGAAAAUCUUCUCUCCUGUUGGCGCUGUUUCGAAUCAUUGAACCAGUGGAAGGAACAAUUUUUAUUGACGGGGUGGACAUCACUAAGAUUGGGUUGCAUGAUCUCCGCUCAUCCAUAUCCAUCGUACCUCAGACUCCAGACCUCUUCGAAGGUACUCUACGAGAAAACAUUGACCCUGUCGGGGAAUACAGUGAUAUGGACAUAUGGAACGCAUUGGCUCAGGCGCAUUUGAAGGAAUUCGUCGAAUCUUUGCCCGAGGGCCGAGGACUAGACGAACCAGUGAGAGAAGGAGGCUCAAGUUUAUCUAGCGGUCAAAGACAACUUCUAUGCUUCGCAAGGGCCUUAUUAAGGAAGUCCAAAGUGUUGGUCCUAGACGAAGCGACCUCCGCCGUCGACCUCGACACCGACAAAGCAAUCCAAGACAUUAUUCGUGGACCUGCGUUCAAGGAGGUCACCAUUUUAACUAUUGCACAUCGACUGAACACAAUCAUUGACUCGGAUCGUGUGUUGGUUAUGAGUGCUGGAGAGGUUGCUGAAUUUGAUGCACCUGAAAAACUAUUAGAGAAUAAGGACUCAAUAUUCUACUCACUCGCUGCUGAUGCUGGAUUGGCUCCCGUUGCCAAAGUUUGAAGGCCGAGUCUCAUGUAAAAACACUGACUGAGUCGAAGUAGUCUUCGAUAUGGAAAAAUCUACUCUCAUGUAAAAAGUACAUAGGCGUCACUCUUCUUCAAAAGGCAGUUUUAAGUAGUUUAGAAUACAAAACUUGUACGGUUCGUAACAAUUUAGAUGACCAUAGAAAGUUGAAG